AUAUUUAUAACAUUUAUGUCUUUUAUAUACCCUUCAUUCAUAUCAAAUAAAUUCUGUAAAUUUUUAACACACACACACACACACACACACACACACACACACACACACACACACACACACACACACACACACACACACACAUACACAAACCUUGACACUGAUCUUACGGGGUCGCUUCUCAGGGGAGAUGAGGGGGCCAACUUCCUUAAGAACCGCCAGCAGAUAAAGAUGUCCGAGCUGGAUGAGCAACUGGCAGAGUACAUCGCUGAGUGGCGGAAACAACGCGCAAAGGAAGAAGAUGAGCUCAAGAAACUUAAAGAGAAGCAAGCAAAGAGGAAGAUCCUCCGGGCUGAAGAAGAGAAGAAGCUGACAGAACAAAAGAGGGCCGAGGAGGACCGUAAGAUGCGUGAAGAAACAGAGAGGAAGCAACGCGAGCAGGAGGAAAAAAGGAAACGUCUUGAAGAGGUCGAAAAGAAGAGGCAGUCCAUGAUGAAGGGUUCUAGCGAGGAUGGUGUCAAGAAGUUUGGCUCCAAGGGAGGUGAUAAGCUUUCAAACAUCCAGGCGGCCAAGGGCGAGCUGGGCAAGACCCGCGAGCAGCUGGCCGAGGAGAAGAAAAUUGCUCUCUCCAUUCGCGUAAAACCCCUCAACGUUGAUGGUAUCGGAGCUAGCAGCCUCCGCGGCAAGGCUGACGAAAUGUGGAACCUCAUCGUCAAACUUGAGACAGAGAAGUACGACAUGGAGGAGAGGAUGAAGAGACAGGACUACGACUUGAAGGAGUUGAAAGAACGCCAGAAGCAACAGUUGAGGCAUAAGGCUCAAAAGCGGGGCUUGGACCCAGAGGCGCUCACUGGCAAACAUCCGCCCAAGAUCCAGACCGCCUCCAAAUUCGAGAGGCGCACAGACAGGAGAACCUACGAUGACAAAAAGCAACUGUUUGAAGGCGGCUGGGAUGUUGUACACAACGAGGAGAUGGAGAGGUAUUGGAAGGAAAAGUACGAAGAAUUUAUCAACAGAACUAAGUCUAAGCUGCCAAAAUGGUUCGGUGAGCGACCAGGCAAGAAGGCUGGCGAACCCGAGACCCCAGCCGAGGAAGAAGAGGAGCUGGAGCCCCCUCCACCCCCAGAGCCUGAAGUUGAAGAGGAAGAAGAGGAAGAGGAAGAGGAGGAGGAGGAGGAGGAGGAAGAGGAAGAAGAGUGAUGAGAACACUUGGUUCUCCUCAUUCCUUCAUCCACGCGAUUUGUCACAUUCUCACACUCUGUGUCGUUUAGCAUCUUUAUGUCGACAUUUUGAAAAGUUCUCUCUCUGUUGUAUCAAGUCUGCUAUCAGUUGAUUUUAAGUUAUUAUUAUUAUUAUUAUUAUUAUUAUUAUUAUUAUUAUUAUUAUUAUUAUUAUUAUUAUUAUUAUUAUUAUUAUUAUUAUUGGUUGGCGGUUAGUUUAGCCCUUGGUGAGCUGGGCUGCGUUUUUUGCGUUGUCCAGACCACCAUAGCACACGGCUUUGGACAAAGCUUUAAGUCUGGUCCCUUAGUUGGGACUUGUGUUUACCUUGGUGGUCCUACGUUCAUCUUGAACACCUGGUCCAUCAUGGGGAUCUGGGUAAUCAUGAGGACCAGGUUCACUUUGGUGCCCUGAUUCAUCUUGGUGCCCUGGUUCAUCGUGGUGCCCUGGUUCACCUUGGUGCUCUGGUUCAUCUUGGUGCCCUGGUUCAUCAUGGUGCCCUGGUGAUCACCUCUGUGCGGCGGUCUAGCCUCCCCUCCCCGCCGCCUCCGUACAAAAUCUAACGUAAUAUUCACCACCUCCAAACUCCUUCACCGUCGCCUUCCGCGCCUACUGCUGCUGCAGCUCUCCCUUAGAGCCCCCCUCUCCUCCUUCAGGGCUCUGGGAAGGUCCGGGAGGGACUCGGCGGCCCCCCAGCCCUCCGCGGGGCCCUUCCCCUGGCUGUCCCAGGAGCCCUCACUAGAGGCCAGGCUGACGAAGGCGCGGGCGCAGGUGAGCAACACAAACACAACACACCCGUGAGAUAGAUUGGUCACUAACUUUUCCCUAUCUUGUCAUUUUUCUCUCUUGAUCGAGGAUAUUAUGUUCCUUAUACGAUACUAGUUUAUUUGAAAAUAAAAAUAUCAAAUUUA